CUUCGUAUACCCGUAUCAAGGAGAACCUAGCCGCUCGCCUCCGCCGCCGCCGCCGCCGCGAUAAGAUGGAGGUCGACAGGGCCGCGAGCUCCGGUGCUGCGGGGGAGUCCUCCUCCGCCGCCGGCGCGAUGGCGGUGGAGAAGCCGCGGUUCGAGGCGCUGGCGCCGAGCGAGAUGAGCGGCGGGAGGCCCCAGUUCCGGAAGGUGCCGGUGCCGCAGCACCGGUUCGCGCCGCUGAAGAAGGCGUGGAUGGAAAUCUACACGCCCGUCUACGAGCACAUGAGGGUCGACAUACGCAUGAACCUAAAGGCGAGAAGGGUGGAGCUGAAAACAAGGCAAGACACACCAGAUGUGAGCAAUCUUCAGAAGUGUGCAGACUUUGUGCAUGCUUUUAUGCUUGGAUUUGACAUCGCGGAUGCCGUUGCAUUGCUUCGCCUCGAUGACUUGUAUGUGGAUUCCUUUGAGAUCAAGGAUGUGAAAACACUCCGAGGCGAGCAUCUGUCACGAGCUAUUGGCCGCUUGUCAGGGAAAGGAGGCAAGACCAAAUAUGCCAUUGAGAAUUCUACCAGGACUCGCAUAGUUAUUGCUGAUACGAAGAUCCACAUACUUGGAUCCUUUGUUAACAUUAAGGUUGCUCGGGAUUCACUCUGUAGUCUUAUCUUAGGUUCUCCUGCUGGCAAAGUGUAUUCGAAGCUAAGGGCUGUUUCUGCUAGGUUGGCAGAGAGGUAUUAAAUGAGUGUUAAUCCGAUCAUUGAGUCAUAUAGUUGCAGUUUUGGCCUAAUAUACUAAUAUGUUUUACUAGCUGUGUGCGGGCUAUAUUUAUUGUAAUGUUCUGAUGAGCAACCAAAUAUAUGCUAAUUGAAUUAUAAUGAUAUGCCUUGUUUCUAUAUGGUGAGUAUACCUUCUGUUUGGGGAA